AUGCCAGGUGCAGUGGCGGCGACUACAACGAAGUCGACCACUGCGAACGGGAAGCGGACGCCGCGGGCGAGCAAGGCGAUCAUCGAAUCAGAGGACGAUGAAGACGAUGACGACGUCCCCCUAGCCAAGCCCAAGCGCGCGGCCAAUGGCAAGGGCAAGGUGGCGGCGAAGGGCAAGGGUAAGCCGCCCAAGAAGAAAGUGAAGCAGGAAUCCGAGUCUGAGCGGGACGUCGAGUCUGAGGACGACAUCCCAGCUCCGCCACCGAAGAAGGCGCCCGCCAAGGGCAAGCGGAAGGUCAAGGUGGAGAGUGACGCUGACGAGAGCUCUUCAGAGGACGACAAGCCUCUGAAGAAGAAGCGUGCCACUGCGACGAAGAAGGCCAAGGCGGAGGCGUCCGACAACGUCAAGCCUAAGAAGAGGGGCGCAAAGAAGGAGGAGGACUCGGACGCGGUAUCCAAGAAGAGCAAAGCGAAGAAAGAGGAGGAAGAGGCGGAGACGUACAGAUGGUGGGAGGAGCAGAACGCGAAUCGUGACGGGUCCGUCAAAUGGGAGACGAUGGAGCACAAUGGCGUGUAUUUCCCGCCUCCCUACGAACCCCUUCCGAAGCACGUCAAGAUGAAGUAUAACGGACAGCCCGUGGACCUCCCUCCGGAGGCGGAGGAAGUCGCUGGGUUCUAUGGUGCCAUGUUGGAGACCGAACACGCCAAAGACGCGACCUUUAACAAGAACUUCUUUGACGACUUCUUGAAGAUCCUCAAGAAAUAUCCUCCGAAGAACGGCCUAAAGAUCACCAAGUUCGAACUUUGCGACUUCAGACCGAUGUUUGAGCACUUCGAGGCGGAGAAAGAGAAAAAGAAGUCAAUGACUGCCGCGGAGAAGAAAGCGGCGAAGGCGGCUAAGGACGCGUUGGAGGCCCCAUAUACUCACUGUUUCCUCGAUGGACGUAAGGAGAAAGUUGGCAACUUCCGCGUCGAACCUCCAGGUCUGUUCCGUGGCCGUGGGGAUCAUCCUAAGAAGGGGGCGCUUAAGCUCCGUGUGCGCCCCGAGGACAUUACGAUCAACAUCGGCAAGGACGCCCCUGUUCCCAAGCCGAACGUUCCGGGCGAGUGGAAGGAGGUUGUUCACGACAACACGGUCACCUGGCUGGCGAACUGGGUUGAGAACGUCAACGGUAACUACAAGUACGUCUUUUUGGCCGCUGGCAGUUCCAUCAAGGGUCAGAGCGAUUGGACGAAAUUCGAGAAGGCGCGAGAGCUUAAGAAAUAUGUCGACAAGAUUCGCUUGGACUACAAUGAUGCGCUGAAGAGCAAGAACAUGGCAGAGCGUCAGCGUGCGACCGCCAUGUACUUCAUCGACAAGCUCGCGCUUCGAGCUGGUAAUGAGAAGGGCGAGGAGGAGGCCGACACCGUCGGCUGCUGCUCUUUGCGCUGUGAACACGUCACGCUCGAGCCUCCUAAUAAACUCGUGUUUGACUUCUUGGGUAAAGACUCUAUCCGGUACUACAACGAGGUGGCGGUAGACGACCAGGUGUACAAGAACAUACGCAUAUUCAAGAAUGACAAGAACGAUGACGACGAGUUGUUCGACCGUGUUAACACCGGAGCCUUGAACCGUCAUCUGGCCUCGUAUAUGAAGGGCCUCACGGCGAAGGUGUUCCGUACAUUCAACGCCUCAUUGACGUUCCAAGAACUGCUCGAUCGUGGUACGCCUGAGAAGGGCACUGUCCAGGAGAAGCUGAACGCGUAUAACCACGCGAACCGCAUGGUGGCUAUCUUGUGUAACCAUCAACGUGCUGUGCCCAAGACCCACGAGCAGUCUAUGGGCAAGAUGCGGGAGAAGUUGCGUGGAUUGAAGUACGAGCGCAUGAAGCUCCGUCACGCCCUCUUCGCCGCCGAUGCUAGAUUCAAGAAGAACAAGAAGUACAAAGAUCCAGAGUCUGACCUCGACGACGACGCCAUCGCUUCGCACGAGGACAACUUGAAGGCGAAGGAGAUUGAGAAAGCCGAGAAGAAGUUCCAGAAGGACAACGAGAAAGCGGCGGCGGAUGGCAAGGAGCCGCAGGACGAGUCGGUGCUGAAGGAGAAGAUCAAGGAGAUCGAGGCCGAGUACAAGAAGCUCAAGAAGGAGCGUGGCACGGAGAAGCACGCGCUCAAGAAGGAGAGGCCGACGGAGAAGAUUGAGGACGCGAUCGAGAAGCUGGAGGAGAGGAUCAAGACGUUUAAGCUGCAGAUGGAGGACAGGGAGGCGGGGAAGGAAGUUGCUCUGGGCACGAGUAAAAUCAACUACUUGGAUCCAAGAAUCACCGUUUCGUGGUGCAAGGAGCACGGCGUCCCUGUCGAAAAGUUGUUCUCGAAGACUCUUAUGACUAAAUUCCCUUGGGCAAUGGAGGUUGAUACGGAUUGGAGGUUCUGA